AUGAAAGAGGAGGAGAAGAUAAUGCACUACAGCAGCUAUCACAGGAUACUGCUGGUAGGAGAAGGUGAUUUCUCCUUUGCAGCCUGCUCAGCUCGAGCUUUCGGCUCUGCACCGAACAUCAUUGCCACUUCCCUCGACUCUCAAGGUUUCAUCUACAAGGAGCAUUCUUUUGAACAGAUUAGGCUUCACCAGGAACUGGUACAAGGAUUUCUCAGUAAUGCGAGUUCAAUGCUGAGUUACGAUGGACAAGUUCAUAUCACCCACAAAACAGCCUAUACUUUCAGUGCGUGGGACAGAGUUGGUCUGGCCAAGAAAGUCAGCAUGCGCUUGGUCAGAUCAGUACAAUUUCUCGCGCUGGUGUUGCCCGGGGUAUGCAAAUAG